GGCGGUAUUAGAUGCCGAGGGUGGUUAUACAAAGUACUAGAAACCGUAUACAAAACAAGACAAUACCGGGCUUACGUUACCUGACUCCUGCCAAGCUGCAUCCCUGCAGUGCGCGGGCCAUGUACACUACUUAUGCCUGAUACCACAGUAGGCUCGCUUCGCCCCACUACAUAUCCCACAUCCCACCAUCUCCACCUACGUCAUACGCGGAACUGUUGAACAAGUGCAAGCCCUCGCUCAGUCUCUGCUUCUGCCCCAAACCGGAUCUGCAGUCAGAGUGCGGGAGAUAAACCUGCUUGCGGGCACGUGGGACGCACGGCCCUAACCGCUUCAGAAUGACAGCACAUUUCCUUCACGACAUGUUUAUAGCUGCGCUAUGCGCCACACUUGUUCAACAAUCUCAUUUCUUUCUCUAAUCAUUGUUAAUAUUCAGUAGACCGAAGUCUACCUUGCAAGAUGGGUGAAGAUGAACGCACUCCUACGCCCGAAAACGCGACGCUCUUCCAGGCCUUCGAGUGGAAUGUUCCUGCCGACCACGCACACUGGAAGCGACUCACAAAAGUUCUACCCGCUCUCUCCUCCAUUGGCCUCAGUGCGUUCUGGCUGCCGCCAGGCUGCAAGGCGGCAUCUUACCAGGGCAACGGCUACGACAUUUACGAUCUGUACGACCUAGGCGAGUUCGACCAGAAAGGCAAGCGGGCGACCAAAUGGGGCACGAAAGAAGAGCUGCUCGAGCUCAGCAAGCUCGCAAAGGAGAAGGGUGUUGGCCUCCACUGGGACGCCGUACUCAACCACAAAGCUGGUGCGGACAAGACUGAAAAAUGCCGCGCAGUCGAAGUGGACGAUGCCGACCGCACAAAGGAAGUCUCUGAACCAUACGAGAUCGAGGGAUGGUUAGGCUUCGACUUCCCCGGCCGUGGCGACAAGUACUCCAAGAUGAAGUACCACUGGGAGCACUUCUCCGGCACCGACUACAACCAGGCCAACGAGAAGAAAGCCAUCUACAAGAUUCUGGGCGACAACAAGGGCUGGUCCCGCAGCGUUGACGAGGAGAACGGCAAUGCAGACUACAUGAUGUUCGCAGAUAUCGACUACAGCCACCCAGAGGUCGCCGAGGACGUCAAGCGCUGGGGACCCUGGAUCACCAAGGAGGUCGGGCUCAGCGGGUUCCGCCUCGACGCCGUGCAGCACUUCAGCGAGCGCUUCACUAACGAGUGGAUCAACGUUCUUCGCGAAGAAUGCGGACACGACAUCUUCAUCGUCGGAGAGUUUUGGAACGGAAACGUCGACCAGAUAAUCCCCUGGCUUGAGGAAAUGCACCACAAGUUCAGCCUUUACGAUGCGCCACUCGUCUACAACUUCAGCACCAUCAGCACGUCCACGGGCGCGGACCUCCGAAAGGUCUUCGACGACACCCUUGUGCAGCGGUUCCCAGAGAAGGCGGUUACCGUUGUAAUGAACCACGACACGCAGCCCGGAUCGACGGUCGAGACGCACGUCGAGGGCUGGUUCAAGCCGUUGGCAUACAGCCUGAUCCUGUUCCGCGAGCAAGGCUACCCUUGCGUUUUCUACGGAGACAUGUAUGGCAUGAAGGGCGACCACGAGGAGCCGCCUUCCUGCGGUGGCAAGCUAGCCGACCUCGUGCUUGCGCGGAAACUGUACGCAUACGGAAGCCAGGAGGACUAUUAUGAUGACCCGAACUGCAUUGGAUGGGUGAGGAGAGGCACGUGGGAUCACCCCGCGGGAAUGGCCGUGGUGAUGAGCAACGAGGGGCCAGGCGAGAUUAAGAUGGCGGUAGGCGAGAUGCACAAAGGGCAGAUUUGGACAGAUGUGCUCGGGUGGGAAGAGGCUGAGGUCGAGAUCGAUGACGAGGGCUACGGAGUAUUCCCCUGCCCAGGCAUCAGUGUGAGCGUCUGGGUGAGGAAGGAUGCCAAGGGGAGGGAUCAAUUCCCUGUGGAUCUCGAUUCGAACAUUUACGAGCAAUAACCGCUGGGUAGGGGAGGUCUUUUGACUCGUCAUUGGCGCAUGGAUGGUUACCUCAUAGAAAGGUCAAACGUAGAUAGGCUAGAGAUAUAUACAUGGAGGGCUAACACACAAUUCCAGGCUUCACUGUGGAUCUGAAAUCUAUUACCGCUGCUCUUCAAGUGUAAAUGUCGAUUGAUCGUUGACGAUCCAGAAAGCAACCGGAUUGAUAUCUAAUGCAUAACUCGACAGACUGCCGUUGAAACAUUCACCAUGCAAUGCUCGCAGAACGC